AUGACUGGCCGCGGUGGCAAAGGAGGCAAGAUCAAGUCCAAGUCCGUUUCCCGCUCGUCUCGUGCCGGCUUGCAGUUUCCGGUCGGGCGCAUCCAUCGCCUGCUUCGCAAGGGCAACUUUGCCGAACGCGUUGGCGCUGGCGCUCCGGUGUACCUCGCUGCGGUCCUCGAGUACCUUGCCGCUGAGGUUUUGGAGUUGGCUGGGAACGCCGCCCGCGACAACAAAAAAAGCCGAAUCAUUCCGCGCCACCUCCAGCUGGCCAUUCGCAAUGACGAAGAG